UUUUUGGUUUUUAACUUUUGCACUGGCUGCUGUAAGAGCACAGUCAGGGAGGGUGCGAGGCGGCGAGCGCUGAUGACCCAGCUAGCAGGCGACUGGCGUAGGUGGCCAGGGGAAUGAGGAUGGGCACGGGCCCAGGUGGCACAAAGGGGAGAGCAGUGCCCAGACUGACAGUUUCAUUUUCAGGCUGCUCUGAUGGCACCUGAGACAAGAGGGCACCAGAGGGAAGCACUGGGGUUGGGCCUGCGCAGUUGGGAUCGGGGGACACAGUCCAGGUUGGCACCCAGCCAGGAGAGUGGAGGACAACUGGAGGGGGGUGCAACUGAGGACGGAUGGGCCCUGGGGUCUGGGGCUCAAAGGAGAGGUAGGUGGGGGUGAGGACCAAGGCACCAUAGACACCAGGGUGUAGAUCAAGUCACCAGGAGUAACACCAGUGUGGACAGCACAGACUGGAGCGCGGGGGACCAGGGCUGGGAGCCUGCUGUGUGCUGCCCGCAGCGGCACAGGCUGGUGAGGACAGUUAGCAGGGGACCCAGCAGUUCGGAGGAAGCCGCAGGCUCCCUCACCUGGCAAGGGACACAGGGGGUGCCCACGUGACACCAGAGCAGCCUCUGGGUCCCCUGGGGCAGGGACCCCCUCUGCCAUGGCAGCUGCUGCUGCUGCUGCUGCUGGUGACAUUUCACUGGGUUCCAGCUUCAAAGUCUCUGCAGGUGGGGAAGAGAGGGGCGGAGAGGCCAGGCAUUGUGGGCAAGAGCCAGAGGGGCAGCCACUGCAGGAGGAUCAGCACCAGCAUCUGCAGGAGUCUGCAGAGAGAUGUCCAGCAAGGUGGCCAUUGGCAGUGACAUCGGCCAGGCCCGCCGGGCCGUAGAGCAGCUGCGGAUGGAGGCAGGCAUCGAGCGCAUAAAGGUAUCCAAGGCGGCCACUGACCUGCUGCAGUUCUGCACCGAGCAGGCCAAGAGCGACCCCUUCCUUGUGGGCAUCCCGGCCGCUACCAACCCCUUCAAGGAGAAGAAGCCCUGUGCCAUCCUGUGACCCCACAGCAAUACUGCCGGCACCCAGCCCAGGAGCCUCAAUAAACACAGCAAUUGCUCCCUAGGGGCGCAGACUGGCUCAGCUGAGAUGGAGGUGCAGGGACUGUGGGCUUGUGGGGCCCAGCCUCCCUCCUCACCCUCACCAGGGUCACACACACCCCAGGGCCCACAAUGCCAACAUCCCCUCCCCGUACCUCACAGUGGCCUGGGCAGAUGGCCCCUGUCACCACCCUGCAGACACAGAUCUACAGCUCAUGUCACAAUCCACACACACACACAGCCACAUGGUCAUGUCACGCACAAAGAGGCACCACCGUAGACACAGGCUCCCGGAGUCCUCAGGGCCCCACACACACAGCUGCGGCUGUC